AUGGAGAGCGUUCUGCAGUUCUCCGUGUUGGUCUGGAAGAACAUGUACCUUCGACGCCUGCGAGUGCGUCCGGUCGCCUUCGUGGUCGAGAUUCUCAUGGCGGCCGUGCCGUUCAUCAAGAUCCAGAACGAGCGAGGCAUUGGCGGUAACGAUGCCGUUGUCAGCAGCAUCAUAUACCCCGUGUACACGCCAGACUUGACAGAUCUCAGGCUAGACACUGUCUUCUAUGGACCCGUAAACAACUACUCGCGCCGCAUCAUUGACACAGUCCACAGCAGGCUGCCUGGGGUUGCGAUUAAGACGAUGGCGGACGAGGUGGAAAUGGCGCAGCUGCUCUUCUCCAAGAACGUGACGCCCAACACGGUCGGUCUGUACUUCCACACGGAAUCGCUGGGCGACGACAUUCCCCACGACCUUACGUACACUAUCAUGUUCUCGAGUGGCGUGUACGAGAUCACCAAAGCACGCAAGGAGGUCCGGGAGAAUGGACCCUCACAGCUCGAAGACACCAUGUCGCUUCGUGUGGCGGCUGUGCAAACGGCCGUGGACUUGGCCCACAUUCACGCGCUUGAGCGUCGCCGCUCGGUCAACCACACGCACGAGGAGCUGACGGUCAAGCUGCGCCAGUUCCCGUUCCCGACUUACCAUGAGGACCCCGACAACACCAUGUUCCUCAUGGGGGUCCGCUUUGGUGUGGCGUACGCUCUGCCCUUCUGCCUUGUCAUUACACGCGCCAUUGAAGAGCGACAGAGUGGCAUGCAGCUGUUCACGAAGCUGAUGGGCGUUCCGCGAACUUGGUUCUGGCUGGUGCAAUUUCUGUGCGCCAUGGCGACGUGGACACUGAGCAGCGUGCUGGUGCUGGCCAUGAUGAGCCAAGUCAACGGUCCUUACGGAUUGGCCUUCAUCUUCCGUACGAACCCAACGCUGGUCUUCACGGCCAUGCUGAUCUUCAACACGGCGUACAUCAUCAUCGGUCUCUUCACCUCACUGUUCUUUGACACCCCAAGUCUGGGCCUGGCGUGUGGCCUGAUCCUGUGGACGGUGUCGCUGCUGGGUCCCUUCUUGUCGCUGCAGUGGUCUGCCCGUACUGUGUCCGCCUACAUUGCCACCAAGAGCAGCUCCAAGUUAUUCGCCUCCGUGAUACCCAUACACGGCCUCUACUUCUUCUUCCGCAUCGUCGAGUUCUACGAGUCGUACGACGUGCCGUUCGGCUGGCCCGCCAUCUACCGAAAGGCACUCGGUAGGGACAACGUAACCCCGUUCACUCUUAUGCUCUGCAUGGGCGCCAGCGCGUUCGUGUUCAUCAUCGGCAUCUGGUAUCUGGAGGCCGUACUACCGUGGACCAACGUUGUGCCGUUACCGCUGCAUUUCCCAUUCAUGGCGAGCUACUGGAACGUGAUCGUGGAAGAAGUCAAAGUGGCGGGUAGCCAGGAGAGCAGUCACUCGCAGGAAGAAGGCCAUGAGAACUUCGAGGAGGAACCCCGUCAUCUCCUGCUCGUAAUUGAGGUCAUCGAUAUGUGCAAGGUCUACCGCAGGAAGUUCGCAGUAGAUCAUCUCAACAUGCGGCUUUACUACGGGCAGGUCUUCGUACUCUUGGGACACAACGGCGCGGGCAAGACUACCAUUUGCAACAUGCUAUCGGGGUUUUUGCGACCGACGUACGGCACGGCCAUCAUCGAAGGGUUCGACCUGAUCAAGAACCACGAGGAUGCCCUUGAGAACGUGCGGGUUUGCCCCCAGAAGAACAUGCUGUACGAUGAGCUGACUGUGUACGAACACCUCUACUUUUUUGCGAUUAUUCAACGAAUCUCGGCCGAGACCAUCGCAGAGCAGGUCGAGAUUAUAAUAAAGUCGCUUCACCUCGGGCCGCACAUCAACACCUUCCCCAGGGCCCUUCCUCAAGGAUUCCGGAGGAAGCUCUGCCUUGCAAUUACAGUAAUUGCCGACCCAAAGGUGCUCAUUCUAGACGAGCCAACAGCAGGACUUGACCCCCAGAGUCGCAACGAGGUUUGGGACUUGCUGCAGAAGAUGAGACGCACGUGCACGAUGCUCCUGACCACGCACGACAUGGAAGAGGCGGACGUCGUCGGCGACCGAAUCGCCAUCCUUGCGGAGGGAACGAUACGAUGCUGUGGAUCGUCGCAGUUCCUCAAGCAUCGAUUCGGCACGGGCUACCACCUGGACAUUGUCAAGCGGCCACGGCGAUGCGACGUGGGAGGCGUCAUACUGGUAGUGAAGACGUACGUGCCCACCGUCCAGCUAGUGUCCGAAAGCGCCGAAAUACUGCGACUGUCCCUCGGAGUGACCUCGUCCGAGGGCUUCGUGGACAUGUUCAAGGUUCUCGAACGCUUUCGCCGCAAGCUCGGCAUAGCGAUGCUGACCGUCUCCGUCACCACCAUGGAAGAUGUGUACCUCAGAAUUGCAGACGAACUGAUCGAGGACCAGGAAGAGAUGCUCUCGUCCGGAGGCCAGAAGCAAACGCAGCAGCCCGUGGACAUCAAAGCGCUGAAGGAGAAGUGUGCUGGCUGCGCGUGGAGGAAAUCGUCGCUGCAGGCGCUGCGAGCGCUGCUCCGCAAACGCUGGCAGUUCGUCCGCCAUCAGUGGCUGCUGCCGUUUCUGGGAAUCAUCGCGCCAGCAGUGCUGCUCGCCCUGCAGGGAAUCCGAGAAAGCAGAAAGGUCAAGGUAGCGGAAGACGUGAAGGAUGUGUACCCUUACGACCUGAGAGUGAUGUACAACUUCAGCGUCUCCGCCGUUAUCUCGGCCGAUGACGAGUCCCUGCUGGUGUCUCAGUAUUACCGCCGGCACCUCGAUCAGAAACAGAUCCCCAUUACUCGUGUGCGAGACGUCACGGAUUAUCUCCUAGAAGUGGGCGCUCGCAGCAUGCAGGAGUACGCGCGGUGUGCGGUGGGCGGAAGCUUCUUCCUCGUCGGCAAAAAGGGCACAAAGCAGCGAGAUCCAAGCGAGGGAAUCGUCCAGCUGGGGGUCUCCAAAGACUACGAAGGCCGGCUCGCCAUCGCCUGGUACAGUGGUGAGCUGUACCACAGCGCCGUCAUCGCUUUGAACCUGGUGCACACGUCGCUCCUGCGCUGGACUGUCGGUGACGACACGGCCUCCAUAAAGCUGCGCGUGAGGCCCCAAAAGCAGCUGGAAGAGGCUAUAGCCUACGACCCGGAUUCGCCCGAAGUGAUUCAGCGGCAGCUGGAGCGCUUCACAUUCGGCGCAAUGUCGGUGGCCAUGAUGACCGCCGCGUGCGGGCUGUUCCCCGUCGUUGACCGCAAGAGCGGCUGUCGCCAGUUACAGCUGCUCACGGGCCUCUCUCUCCGCGUCUAUUGGCUGGCCAACUUCUUGUUCGACAUCUUCGUCUACCUGCUGUCCUGCUGCAGCUUCUUCAUCGCCAUGUUCUACUACUUUGGCAACUUCUUCAUCGAAAUGACGAGCCCUAUUGUGUUUAUUUUCAUGUGCUACGGCAUCUGUGCUCUGCCGAUGUCUUACCUGCUGACCCUGGCUGCGGGCACUGAGACCACCGGCUAUGCUCUUGUCCUGCUCACCAGUUUCUUCGGAGCCUUCAUGCAGAGCGGCACAAUCGCCUUCGGACUGCUUGAGGCCGCGGCGGGCAUCAGAUUCGUUCUGCUGAACGUGUUCCCCGUUCUGCGCCUGAUGCCCUCUUUCGCCUUAAUGUCGGCCUUCAGCAAGACAGUGUCCAAGAGCCAAAUCGCAUAUAUCUGCAGUCGAGCGACCGUUGACUCCUACCGGCGGGUGUGCGUGGAGCCCGCGGGCGGCUUCAGCGUGGCGGCGCAGGAGGAGCGCAACAACAACGAGGACUUCGUCGAGUACUGCUGUCCCCAGUUCCUCGCAUCGGGAGCCACGCAGCUGCCUGACUUCACCCUGGGCAUCGGAGACGUCUCCGAGGCGUUUUUCAUGGUCUUCGAGGGCGCAGUGUUCGCCUUGCUUCUGCUUUACCUCGACAGUGGCGGUAUUGAUCGGAUACGGGAAAUGUUCGGAGUACAGAAGGAAUCUGAGCGGGUGGUGCCCGACCACAAAGCGAGGGACGACGACGUGGAGGCCGAGGAGAGCCGCGUACGUAACGAAGUACUCACCGGCAAGCUGGGAAAGGACGUCCUGGCCGUUCUGGAGUUCUGCAAGAGGUACCGAAAGCGACUGGCCGUCAACGGCGUAUCGUUUGGGCUCGUCGAGGGCGAGGUAUUGGCGCUGCUCGGAGUGUCCGGCUCGGGGAAGAGCACUCUAUUGCGCAUGAUAGCCACCGAAGUGCCACACGACCGAGGCCGAGCGCUGAUGAAGACGCCGACCGGACAAAUCGCGAUCCGCGGUGCACCCAGUCGCUGGCGGGCCGGCCUUGGUUACUGUCCACAGAACGACGGACUCAUCGAGGAGCUGACGGGCUUAGAGACCCUGGCGUUAUUCGCAAGGUUGCGAGGUGUGCCGGAGUCCCAGGUAGCCUCCGUGGCCAUAGACACUGCGCGCCUGGUGGGACUGGACGCGGCUAUUCAAGACAACGUCGCUGCGUACAGUGCUGGAAUGCGGCGACGUCUGUCUGUGGCCGUUGCGCUGGUUGGACUGCCGCCCCUGGUGCUCCUGGAUGAGCCUACGGUUGGGGUGGAUAUGGCCUCACGCAAGACUUUGUGGGACGCACUGCGUGGACUUCGGGAUGUGGCCGGCACAUCAGUGAUCAUAACUACUGGAAGCAUGGAGGAAGUGGAGGUCGUAUGUGACCGAUUGGCCAUCAUGAUCGACGGCAAGUUCCAGUGCAUGGGUGCGCUGUCGCAUCUGAAGGGCAAGUUCGCGCAAGGCUUCACGAUAAUGGUGAAGACCCACGACGAGUACAAGGAGGACAUCGAGUACCUGAAGAAACUCAUGCGGGCCAUCACCGAAACUUUCCUCAACAGCAAGCUACAGCAGCAGUUCGAGGGCUUCCUGGAGUACCACAUGGCCGACACGGGUCUCCUCUGGAGCGACCUGUUCGCGCAAGCCGAGGCGAUUAAGCUCAAGUACAACGUCCUCGAACUUCUCAUCUGUGCCACCACCAUGGACCACGUGUACGCGGCUCUCGCCAGAUGGGAGCACGGUCGCCCCCGCAAGAUGGGUGGAGCCGGCUCUGGCGAGCAGGAAGACGAUAAGGACAAGGAAUAG